ACCAUAUGGUAUGUAGUAACGGCUGUGCGACGGUCACACUGGAUCCGCAUAGUUAGGCACGGGUAAAUAACCAGUUUGAGACUUUACGGUGGUGCGGAAACUCGUACCUGGCGCUUUGGCUGUCCAAAGGUAAAGCAGUAACCUGUUGCAUAUAUUUUUUUGGUAAUAGUGGAAAGUGUAGUGCAGACAAGUCGAACAUAACUGAUAUUCACUCGAAAUUCCGUUGGGCGAGUGCUGAAAAUCUUGAAUAUUGAUCGAGAGUAUGUGGAUACGUCCUAUUGGGUCAUAAUCAGUUCGGAUUAAUCUUGGAGCCAUGGAUGAUAAGGAACACGAAUUGUCGACGAGAGUGGCGAAAAACGAGGAGAACGAGGAUGACGAGAAGCCCAAUGAGUUAUCCUUUUGCUUUGUUCGGGGUUCAGAUCCACGAGCAGCGACAUGCCGCAGCAAACUGCAAAACAGACGAUGCAAAUUAAACAAAGAAAUAAAUAAGGAACUCCGCCUUCGAGCUGGUGCUGAGAAUCUAUACAAGGCCACAUCGAACCGCAAAUUGCGAGACACAGUUGCCUUGGAACUUAGCUUUGUCAACUCAAAUUUGCAACUGCUGAAGGAGCAACUAGCCGAGUUGAAUUCUUCGGUGGAAAUCUAUCAAAGCGAAAGUCACAAUGGAAUUAUGCCCAUGAUACCACUGGGCCUGAAGGAAACCAAGGAGAUCAAUUUCAUGGAACCCUUUUCCGACUUCAUCCUGGAGCACUACAGCGAGGAGCCCUCGAUGUACAUUGAUGCCAUAGCCGAUAUGACGGACACAAGACAGGCAUCCAAAACACCGUCACGAGAUGCCCUCGGAGUGGCCCUGCUUUUCCGCUACUACAACACCCUGUAUUACGUGGAACGUCGCUUCUUUCCGCCGGAUCGUAACCUGGGCGUAUACUUCGAGUGGUACGACUCGCUCACGGGAGUUCCCUCGUGCCAGCGGACCAUAGCCUUCGAGAAGGCCUGCACCCUGUUCAAUCUGGGCGGCAUAUAUACACAGAUCGGCGCUCGACACGAUCGCACCACGGAACGGGGUCUGGAUUUGGCCGUGGAUAGUUUUCUACGGGCAGCCGGGGUCUUUCGUCACAUCUACGAUACGUUUACGAAUGCACCAUCGAUGGACCUGAAGCCACAGGUCCUGGACGUUCUCGUUUCGCUGAUGCUCUCCCAGGCGCGAGAAUGUCUCUUCGAGAAACUCCAGCUGCAAAUCGAGGCAAUGAGCUUCGAUUGUCAAGCGUUUCGGGAUCUGGCUGGCGAGGCUGCUCAAAUAUCGCACGAGUACAAUGAGAUGCACAAGAAUAUCCAGGCAAACGAUACGCACACCUAUCUUCCGGAAUGCUGGGCUGGCCUAGUGCCAGUCAAGGCGGAACUCUACAAAGCAUUCGCACAUUUCUACAAGGCACGCAGCAUAGAUGCGACGGACGAGCUGAAGGCAUCCAAGUCAAGUCAAAAGAACCAGGAGUCCUUUAUCGGCAAUUCCCAGGAGGUGGAGCGCAUCACCAACGCCGACUAUGGAGCCAGCGAUGAGGCGGCCACCUCCAUUGCCAACAAACUGGCCCACUUGAAGGAGGCACUGGCUAGCAUCGAAGAAGCCCAGAGAUUGCAGCGGAUGUGCAGGUUCCUAAAGAACAAGGCAUCGCUGACUGAAGUCAUGAAGGAGGUGCACUCCAAAUCGCAGGAGGAGCUCGAGAAGUUCAGACUGCAAGCAUCAGCCAAUAAUAUCGAAGAGGGCGAUCUUCUAGAGCGAUCGGUUGAAGCAUCUUCGAAGUUCACGUUAUCCCUAACCGGACCCGACUUCACAUCGCACAAGGUUAAGGAUCCCUUCAAGCGCCUGGGUCCGAUAGCAAUAUUUUCGGCGAGACGCCACUGGACUGCUCCAAGAUGUGUGCGUCUCCAGAAGGGAUCCUCCCUGUAUCACAGCGUGCCCAGCAAUAACAACAAGUGUCCAUUGGACAACGAUGACGAGCACGAUGGUGGAUACAAUCUGUACAAGGAGGAGUUUGAGAACUUUGGCUUCCAUGUGCGCGGCGAUGCUCCGGUGAUCAUUGCCCACGUUGAGAUUAAUUCACUGGCAGACCUUGGCGGCAUCAAGGAGGGAGACUUCAUAGUCGAGAUAGCCGGCGUGGACGUGAAAUGGUACUCGCAUCAGCAGGUGGUGCAGCUCAUACAAUCCUGCGGCUCCACACUCGAGCUGAGAGUGAUAACGCCCAUGGAUCGCAACUACUUGAAGCCAUUGUCGUCGAAGGGCUCAUUAUCAACGCUAUCGGCGGCCAGUUCAUCGGGCAUCUCAUCCGGAUUUCCCAGUCCCACAAGUAUUGCGGCCAAGCCCAAGCUCCACCUGAAGACAUCCUCUAGUUCGCGACCAGCUGGCAGCGUUUCAUCCAGUUCGUGGAAUCCAUUUCGACGAACGCCUAGCUUAGCUAAAAUAUUUUAGGUAGCCACCAGUUUUAUUUUGUGUUUUUUUGCUCUUAAGGCAAUGGCCAUUUCAAGUUAAAAAGAAUGUUGUGCAGUUUAAGUUAAGCAAUAAACUUAAUGAUUUUUUAAAA